AAAGCGCUGUCCCUGUGCUUGUGCUGCCGCUGCAGCUGCGUUCAACACAUAAUUUUGUGCAAGGUUGGAGAUUUUUAGUUAACUAUUUGUUUUUGUGAUUGUGUUGAGGUGGCGCAGCCAAAACCAUGUUAACGUUACUGCUGUGAAUGCAAUAAGCCGAAAAAGUGCACCGAAAACGCCUAGAAGCUGCAGUAAAGGCAGCGUAUCGGAAAAAGAAAGCAACAUAAGAAAAAACCGUAACCCAAACAAACUGCAGAACUGCAUUUGUACGAGAUAUUUUGGCAUUCACAAUGACGCCAUUUGAUGAUUUUGUCUAUUUAAUAAAUCACGUGCUGCUUGGCGAGGAGCCGACCAUUGAGGAUUUCAUAUUGCUUGUGGGCACAUUGGUGGCCUUCAUAGCUUUUAUACUCUGGUGUUGCUUUCCCAUACAGCCAAAGGAACCGGGACAGCACCGUCAGUUCACGUGUAAAAUUAUACAGAAUCACAUAAAGGCGUUCGAUGCAGCUAGCAGAAUGGAGAAUAACGGCACAGCAACGGCAUCGGCAGCGGCAGCUGCCAGCAGUAAUGGAAACAAUGGAAGUAACGGCACAGCCGGCGGCCUCACAAAUGGCGCUAGUGCUCACUACAAUGGUGGCGGCAGCGGUAGUUACAGCAAAAACGGCACCGUAUCCAUGCACAACUAUUAUGUUAAAAACGGCCACCACUGUUGCACCUAAACAGGACAUAGAACUUAACCAGGCCCAAGGCACUGACCAAGUCACUUUAUUUUUGUGUGCGUGUGGUGUUUUUUUUUUUUUUUUUGUGCGCUUUGUGUAGUUUAUAAUAUUUAUAUCGAUUAACUUUCAUUAUUGUUCUAUAUACAUGUCUGUAUGUGUGUAUAUAUAUUUGUCAUUUAGAAGAUGUAUUGUGCCAAUUGGUAGUUCGAAGCGCGAAGCUGAAAGCUAAUGUAAAGCGUCUUGAACUUUGUUCCACACCCUCACGUCCCGUUCCCGCUCCCCGCACGCCCCCCGCGAAAGAUUUGUAUUGAUUGUAAACGUGUAUCUCGCAAGGAAAUUUAUUUAUGUAUUUGUAAUUGCUCAGACUGAUUUGUUCAUGGUAGAAACCAAUUGCAUUUUAUGCCAAUUAACCAUGACGGCUAAGGAAAAGACAUGUGAAGAGAGAAAUGUUGAACUUCUAUAUAUAUAUAUAUAUAUAUGACAAAUAUAUAUGUGUAUGUAUAUGUAUUGUAUAUGAAUUUGCAUUCGAAUACCAAAUGAAAACACGAAAACUAUGUAAGACAUGACGGUAAACAAGGAAACCAAGCAAACUAUUUAUAAGUAUUUAUUUAUGUAUGAUGUACGAUGUACAAACAAUGUAUGAUGUAUGACGAAACGUAAACAAAAGCAAGAAACCAACACCAACAAUAACUAAUUGUUAAAUAUCAAUAUUACAACCGCUUACAACAAACACAACUCUGUCUCUGAGUCGUUCGCUUUUUUAUGGAGCGUAGUGUAGGCGCACACAGUGGCGGCCAUUUAAUUAGCACCAACCAAUCCAUACUGAAGCUGGCGACUGGCAGUAACUGUAAGAUAUAAAUUUUUGACACUAGCAUUGUUUUCAUGUUAUAUUCCCAUCACUUUCAACGCUCAUACAACAUUUGUAAUUUCGUUUCUCUCAGUGUAAACACUUGAGAUAUGUAUAUACAUAUACCCGUCUGUGUAUAUAUAUUUGUAUGUUUUUGAUCUCAUUUGUCAACUUGUUUAUUUGAUGAAAACUUUUAAGAAUUUUGCCAAUCCGAAGGGUUAUUAAACAAA